UUGGUAAUGGGUCGGCCUGCCUGGGCCUAUUCCUCCCUCGCCGAGUUCGAUUUCAUGGACUGGGUCAACUUCUUGUAUUCGUUCCGGGCGCGAGCCCCCCUCUCCCCAACGCGGCGACCCUCACAGCUGUCCUUGCUCUUUGCGGGCCACGACCGCACCAAUCUGUCAACGUCGGCUCCUCCGGUCCUUCAGGGCUAGGCUGAGCCAGUGGCUCGACUGGGCUUUCUUUCCUCUCUCUUCCAUCACGAGAUACAGCUACGAAGCACAUGACCCGAUACGGCAGCGACUGGUUAUCAAAGACACAACGACAAGACCACGAGAUACCUGACCACGAGAGAAUCAUGCUUGGUCGGGCAGCUUGUGUUAGCCACCACGGUCGGUCGAGAAAGGCCGAAUUCCUCCAACUUCACUCCACUCAUACAAUUUCGGCAACGACUUGCCUUCUGCAUAGCGACAGCGGUGUUUCAGCUCUCCAUUUGCAAGACCAAGCUCUCCAGGCUGCAUCAUUCUGGCACCUGGACAGUAUUGCGCCUUGGCAUACUUCUCUUUUUAGGAUCGUCGCAUUUUUCAUGUUCACAUCAUGGGUCGGGGCCACAUCAUUGGGUAUGGACAUAUAUACCAGGCGUUCAAGGGGGAUUCUUCAGUCAUUUUCGGGCGCUUGUAACGGGUAUCGUAUUUCUGUUUCAUUGUCAUUUUUCUGUUGUUGUUUUCCACUGCAUUUUUCUUUAUCAGCGGCAUUCGUUUCGUCCUCUCAAUUCUCUACGAGUCUCUUUUCUCGCUCUCUAUUCUGUGCUCUAUGAGCAUUAGUGCACCAUGGCCACCUUUACUUGAGAUUCUGAGCACUGCAAGCAGUGGCUCGGCUGGGACGCUAGACAAGGAAAGCUGAGCUCUCGUCUACACGAUAAUUGUUUUUCAGACGUCUUGUCAUCCAGGAGAUGGGCAGGCGCUGGCAGACUACACGUCGUCUCG